CCGUGUGGACAUGCGCGAUAAACCCGGAAGCAGGGGAAGCGUGCACAUGUUGUCAUGUGACGCAUGUGACAGUGACGCUUCAGCGCUGGUCGGCUGUCACUGCACAAGUUUACGCCCUGAGGAAAGGAUGCUUUGGACGGUUGUCGCGUUGAUGGGAUGCGCUGUCAUUUCGGUGGCACAGAUUCCCAAGUACAAUGAGAGCUGUGUACGAGGAACCUACCCUCCCUCACCUGAAAAGAAGGUCAAAACCUAUGUCGUUAACCUUGACCUUCCCCCAGAACAGAGGUGGACGCAUGUUGUUGAAGACAAGGCAGUACAGAUAAGGAAUAUCCUCGCAGAGUUUAAGAAAUAUGCCUUGGAUUGGUCGCCGAAGGCACAGGGUGUCAUUGACUGGGUGGACAAAAACUUCCCCACGCUUGACAAGACGCUGCCAUACCCAUUCCCCGGGGAGAUGACGGGCAUCUCUAAGGCAUCAGGGCUGAAACUUGGGGAGGUCGUGCUGUACAAUCUGUUCUACGAGUUCUUCACAGUCUGCACCUCCAUCGUGGCCGAGGACCCCACAGGGAAGUUAUUCCAUGCCCGGAACCUGGACUUCGGCCUGUUCUUAGGCUGGGACAUCAAGAACAAUACGUGGGACAUCUCCGAGUUCCUGCGCCCGCUCAUCGUCAACAUCGAGUACACCCGCGGUGGCAAGACCCUCUUCAAGGGCGUCCACUUCGCUGGCUAUGUCGGAAUCCUCACCGCCGUCAAGCCCACCCUGUUUACACUGUCUAUGGAUGAGAGGUUUAAUGCUGAUGGUGGAUUUAUUGGGAUCAUGGAGUGGGUGCUGGGGGAUCACAGUGGUUCGUGGAUGGGCUUCCUGACCCGCCGCGUGAUGGAGAACGCUACCAGCUAUGAGGAGGCGCGUGACUGGCUGACGCAGACUGAGAUGCUGGCCCCAGCGUACUUCAUCCUCGGGGGCAAUCAGUCAGGGGAGGCCUGCGUGAUCACAAGGGCCAGGGAGAAGACGCUGGACGUGUGGCCGAUGGCAUCAGCUGGAGGCUGGUACAUCUUGGAGACGAACUACGACCACUGGGAGAAACCCAUGGUGCUGGAUGAUCGACGCACCCCGGCCAACAAGUGCAUGCACAAACUCACCAAGCAGAAUGUCUCCGUCAGUGGCCUGUUUGAUGUGCUCUCUUCCAUACCAGUCCUGAACAAGCUGACAACGUACACGGCUCUGAUGCAGGUCGACAGCGGCCAUCUUGAAACCUGGAUACAGUACUGCAAGGACCCCUGUUUCCCCUGGUAACAGGCCACCUCCGGGAGUCACUGUUCCCUUGGCAACCAUCAGUCUCAACCCUUCCUUUCUGUCAGCUAGUCCAAAUUAUUUUUGAUUGAUGUUAGGAAAUGAUCAGUUUUGUUAACUGUUUCUAGAAGUUUCUAGAUACUUGCUCCAGACUGUUGAGGAUGAAGACUGAAGUGUUACCAUAGAAACAUGUCUAUAUACCACCAAUGCAAUCAUAUGUGAUAUUCAAGGUCUAUGUUAAUUGAAUGAGUGCUAAUAUGAAAAUAGUUUAUUGUACAGUUGCCAUCAACAUGACAAAAUGUGUAGCUAUAGUUCUGUCUGCUCUGAGAUUGUUUUGGACAUGAACACUGACAGUUGUGCAAUAUGCAGAAUAAGGCAUAAUAUGUUGUUUCUAAGUUGUUAGGGACGUGAAAGGUCAUCUGUAAAGUCGGGCAGGUAAUAAUGUCACAUUGAGAUGCACAAAACAUUCAUGGGGAAAUGAGAUGUGAUUCGCAGAGCCGACCUUUGUUCGGUGUUCAUGGAGAGAGUGGGGAAUUUCCAUGUGAAAUGUAAUUGUGUAUAAGUUUGUCAGCAGAUGUUGUUUUACAUGGCAAUCGAGAGGGAACUUGUCUGUUAAGUUGUCUGUAUAUUUUGACUUUGUGAUGUAAAAUAUGGAAGUAUCUGAAUGAUUUUUUCCCCCGUUUCCAGUUGAAGAAACAUAACAUGAUGGAAGGGGUCCUUUUACUUUUGCCAGUAAAAUCAGUGCACACACAUUUAUAUAUUGCUGUCUGAGACCACACAUUGUUUAUCAAACAUCACAUAUUCCAACAUUACACCUACAUUCAGGCAGACAAAUUGAAGGACAGAUUGUGAUCUGCCCUUGUUGUGUAGGGAGAUAGUCUUGACUUGUGGAAAAUUACAGAAAUAAAAAAAAGUAUUUUCAUUUUUGUUAUAAACCACUUUGAGAUUUCCCUUCUACCAAUGGACCAUGAGGGUUGUAUACAUAUUGUUUUGUAUUGUAAAUAAAUUAUUUCUGAUAUAAAA